AUGAACAAGUCGGAGGACCAAAUAGAGGAGAUCAUAGAGGAUGUCAUGCAAAACUACCAAGCAUGGCACGUAGGAACAAGGAGCUAUGAUUGCAAGAGCAAAGGUGAGGAUGGUAAAGGGUCUAUCUAUGCAAUUGAGCAAGCGGGCAUCAUUGAGAAGCUUAGCUCAAGGUUAGAAAAGCUCGAGAGCACUCCAAGUCAACCUCCAUCACCAUCCACAAUUCCUCCACCAUCGGCUACUCUUCUCACUAAGGGGAAGAGCAAGGUGAGUUCCUACAACACUAUGCCAUUAGAUACAUCCUUUUGUGAAAAUUGUCAUGAGUAUGGGCAUUUCCCUAAUAUGUGUCCUUUAGCGCAUAAUGUUUCAUAUGUGGAUUAUGGCCCUUCUUAUGAAGGUGAUGUUGAUGUGGAAUAUGCCAAUGCUAUGAAUGAGAGGCCUAGAUAUGAUGGCCCCCCGAAUCAAACCUUUAAUAGGCAAGCACCUAGAGGCCCUCCUAUGCAUGGAUCCUACCAAGGCUUCGGCCAAGGAGGUGAGUAUGAUAGUCAAGGCCGAGGUAACUAUAGGGCGCAAGGCUAUCAAGGCCAAGCACCCUAUGGUCAAUCUCACGGUCUUGGAAAUCAAACCCAAUACAAUCAAGGUAGUUAUAACCCUAACCAUCAAGGUGGAGGGGGGUACAACUAUCCUUAUGGGCAAUAUAGGGGUGCUUCUAGCGGGGGCUAUCCGUCGAACCCGGGAGGACAAUAUGGUGUUUCUCAAUUUCCUCCUCCCGGAUUCAAUGGGCCAAGGACCUAUGGAAAUUAA